UUAUAUAUUCCUUACAAUUUGGUGCAACUACAUGUUAUUAAGCCUUUGAGUUGAGACUUGAGACUCUUUUCAUUUUCAUACAGAAAGAGAGAGAGUGUGUGAAAAAGAGGGAGAGAGAUGGAGCUGAGUCCACAUGAUUUCUUGGAGGAAUUACUAGGUCCAAGGAGGGACACAUGGGCUAGUUUUCCUCCUGGAAUGAACGAUCAGUUCUUCUCCAGUGGAUGGAACUUUGAUUCUCUUGAUGAGAAUCCAACUUUGGCUACUUCAAAUCCUAAUUCAUUUCUGGGAUUUUCAUCUCCUCCACAACCAACCUUUGAGUGUAGUCCUUUUGUUGAUCCUCAAGCCUGCUAUUCUUUUGUUGAUGGAUUCACUAUUCCGGAGAUUGAAUCAUCUUCAUUUAUGAAGAAUGAAACCUCUAGUGCAUUCCCAGUUGCAGAAGAUCAGCAUUACCCUUCAAUGGUGGAGAAUGAUGAGUUUGGUCUACUACUCAACACGGAUCAUGAUCACCAUUAUAAAAGCUUGGAAGAAAGGAAGAGUACUAGCGGUGUUGAGAUAGAACAACUUAAUAACCUUCAGGUUUUCAACAUGGGUUCAUGUGCUGAGAAAAAGGGCAACAAGUCUAAGAGGCAAGAAGGACAGCCCUCAAAGAAUCUCAUGGCUGAAAGAAGGAGAAGAAAGCGCUUAAACGACCGUCUUUCCAUGCUCAGAUCAAUAGUCCCCAAGAUCAGCAAGAUGGACAGGACAUCUAUACUUGGAGACACUAUUGAUUACAUGAAAGAGCUACUUGAGAGGAUCAAUAAAUUGCAGGAGGAGGAGCCAGAAGUUGGUACAAAUCAAAUCUUAGUUCCCAAUAACUUCAAGGAUGUAAAGCCAAAUGAAACAUCAGUGAGAAAUUCCCCCAAGUUUGAAGUGGAUAGGAGAGAAAUUGAUACCCGGAUAGAAAUCUGCUGUGCACCCAAGCCCGGAUUGCUGCUAUCAACAGUGAGCACAUUAGAAGCAUUGGGGCUUGAGAUUCAACAGUGUGUUAUAAGUUGUUUCAAUGACUUUUCAAUGCAAGCUUCAUGUUCAGAGGUGGCUGAGCAGAGGACACUAAUAACUUCUGAAGACAUCAAGCAAGCAUUGUUCAGAAAUGCAGGCUAUGGAGGAAGAUGUCUGUAGAGGAAGAAAGAGAAGGAAAAUAAUUAAGUCUCUUCCCUUAAAAAAUCCCCAAAAAGACUUAUGUUUACCUCUAUGUUUGUUCUUCUAGGAAUUGUACAAGCAAGAAUUUCUAAUAAUAUUUAGUGUUUUAAAUAAAAAUUGUUCA